AUGACAAAGAAGAAGAACGUGUCGUGGUACUCAGAUAGCAAACCCGAUGCGCCACACGCAGCCAAGGAUACGAGUAUGCGUCUCGUUGGAAGUGGCACGCUCGUCCAAUUUUGGGUGCCAAUCUCUGGGGGUUCCGAGUUGCGCAAGUCAGGGCGCCACCAAGCAUCGCGCGUAUGCGACCCGGAAGAAAGCUCCGAUGCGUCGUUUGCUCAGGACCCCCGCAUCCGUCUAGACGAGACUCCAUCUCAGAAGGCCACCGAGGCAUCAUCAGUUCAGCACCGAUCCGAGACUGGCACUCACGAGGUUCAAGUUGUCAAUGGACCUGUGCCUGCACACGAAUCGACGCUGGACGCUACUGCGUUACAGCUGUUUGCGGGCAUGAAUGAGAUAGAGCAGUCUGUGGCUGUCCUGCUGGCGCGUAUGCUUAUGAACAGGUCCCGCUCUCCUGCCGUUGACAGUGCAGGAACGAUGGUUGCCUCCCAUGCGGACGCGUCUGAGUCAUCCAGAGCGUUGUCUACGCCACUGACGGUGGCUUCGUCGCGCACGCCUAGUCCUUCCAGCGACCAGGGCUCAGUGCAGCACGUCAGACGGCCGGCCACUCCUACGCUCUCACAGGCGUCCGACCUUCCGCCAGAGGUCGCGGACGACUCUGGUGAACGCGAGAGCGGUCGGACUGGGGACGAGGAAGACGAACAGUCCGGCGAAGGUGUAAGCGACAACGAUUCGUUUAUCGAACCCGAAGAUGAUGACGACGACGACUCGUCCUAUGAACCCAAACCAAAACGCGUGAAGCGAAAGCAGACUUCUGUCGCAGGACGCACUCAAUCCGCUCACAGGAAGAAACAGGCGUCGAAAGUUGCGUCUGUUCCCAGGGUCGCCGCGGCACCUGUUACUCGACCUACCAGAAAGGGUCCCAGGCGCCGCAUCCCUAUCGCCCCGCUUGCGCAGGAUAAACCUGGCUACAAGCAGGAAGGUCGUUACUGGUGCAGACACGAUGGAUGCAAUGCGUCAUUCGUACUAUCGCCCGACAGGACCCGCCACGAGGCGGCGCAUACUGGGCACCCCCAGUGCAAGUGCAUGCACUGCGGCGACAAGUUCAGUCGCUUCGAUGCAGGCUUACGGCACAGCCAAACAGCACACAAGAAUAAGAAACCACAUAUCGAACGCUGCUCAGAUGAGGCGUAAGUUGGCUGAGCGGCCCCGACUUUGGACUAUUGAUAUCUCCCCGUAAACGGACUAUGUUGACUAUCUUCAACUUGUAUGUACUCCCGGACUACGACAUAUGCAGCACUACGAUAUUUCUCGCCACCUAGGAUAGUUCUUGGACAGUGUUACCGAACCACCUGUAUGUAGUAUGACGCUGAGCCGCGCGCCUUCCCAGCAAAGCGGUGACCUUGGGGCGACCAGCGUUGGAAACAUGACAAAGAGCCUCGAAG